UUGAAAAUAAUGUCAGUGUCAAUGUCACAAAUUUGUAAACAAAACGAUUAUGACAGACGUAAACACAAAUCCAGACGAUAACAAGUUCGAACAUGAAGUUCUAAUGUGAUAUUAUGUGUGUGUUUUUUCUGAAAUGAUGUCGCAGGAUCUUAAUUUAUAACGCCAACAUGAGCACUUUAGAUUUUUCAGAUUAUAAUAAUUCAACGAACACUGAAUUUUCUGUGAGGAUUGUGGUCUGCGAUCAUUAUUUGGCGAAACCAACUCCCGGUUUAGACGUGAUAUAUUCAGAUUUUAGAGGAAGUGAUAUAAAACAGGUUCCCAUUUUAAGGAUCUUUGGGCCCACCCCAGAUGGCCACAAAGCAUGCGUGCAUAUACAUGGUGUGUUUCCCUACUUUUACAUACCAUGUCCAACACCAAACCCAGAGCCGCAGUUUUUGUAUCAGAUUGCGGCAAGUUUAGACAAAGCCUUAAAUAUUGCACUGAAACAGGCAAUGUCUGCAAAUCAACAUGUGUACAAAAUAUCACUAGUCAAAGGAUUACCAUUCUAUGGAUACCACAACAGAGAACAUCUUUACCUAAAAGUAUUUUUAUACAGCCCUGGUUUAAUUAAACAAGCAGUUGAGCUCUGCAGCAAUGGUGCCAUCCUAGGCCAAGUAUUCCAGCCUCAUGAAUCACAUUUAAACUUCACACUCCAAUUUUUCAUAGACUUCAAUCUAUUUGGCAUGAGCAAUGUAGAUUUACAGCAUAUUAAACUGCGGAAACCAGUUACACCAAACUUAAGUGAAGCAGACCAAUCAUCCAAUGAAUUUGGACUUAAACCUGAAAGUUCUUGCUAUUACGAAGGAGAUUGUGUUGCAGCACAUAUUAUUAACCGGCAAAGGAUAGGCAAAGGUGAUGGUAUUGAAAACCCAGGCUUGGAAGAAGUAUGGAAUCAAGAAAUAGAAAGAAGAAAACAGUUGAACAUAUCACUUGCAUCAAAAUCUUUAUCACAAGGUAGAAUUAAAGCUGAAGAAACAGAAUCACAUUACAAAUAUGAACAAAUGUUUUUGAUCAAAAUGUCCAAUUUGAUUGAUAAGCCUGUAAAUGUUGAACCUGAAACGAAGCCAUUAGACAUAGUGCAAUAUCCAGCUGAAAGUAUGGCAGGAUCUCAGUUAUUUAAAGCUGUAGAUGUAAGUGUACAUUUGCCUAAUAACACACUUGGUGCAAGUUUUAAUAAAACUCUAAGAGGAGAUCUAAAUGAGUCUGCAACUGAAGAAUUCGAUGAUACCUUGGUAGAUGAGACUUUGGCUCUGAAUAGUAGCCUUUCUCUGCACUACAGUCAAGUUUUAUUAAACAGUGAAGAUCUGGAUUUGGUAGAUAUGUUACAAGAUAUGGAUGCAGAAAAAGUUGAAGAAGAUAGUAUUAUGGGUACACCUGCAAAUGUCGUGAUUGAUGAAGAAGACGAAUUUGAUGAUGCUGAAUAUUCACAAAUUUUUGAUGAAGCUACAUUACUUUUAAAUCAAGAUGUAAGUAAAGGUGAUGAAAGUGAAUCUAGUUCGUCAUGGAAUGAUUCCUUCUGGGAUGGCGCUAGUAUACCACAGCUUGAUGGCACAUUUGACGACGAUCAUGUAAAAAAAGUGAGAAAAAGAAAAAUGAGACCAUUCAAACUUGGUUUAUCAAGACCUAGACCUAAGAAAGAGCGUACAGAGGAAUCUGACAGGAAAUCCGAAUCUACUACUGAUGUAAGCCAAAUGGAAGAAAUUAAUGUCUCCAGAGAUACUAUAGAAGAUAUUUCAGAUGGGUUUCUUAGGGGAGUUGUAAAAACUGAGCCAGACAGUACAUUAUUUGAGAAGUCCAUGAUCACCGACCCUGAUAACGCAGUUAAACGUGAGAUAGAAAACAAAUCAAUCCUAGAACUAGUUAAUAGUGUAACAGAAAGUCAUAAACGUUUAGAGCCAUUAGCCGAAGCUUAUGAUAAACAAAAUAAUUAUGAACCAGAGGCAGGACCUUCUAAUUUUAAAACAAAUGAAUCAUUUAAUGAAACACUCAAUGAAAGUACACAAUCAGAGAAUGAGAAACUAGGUAUAGUCAGCUUUUACGAUACAUCCAAAAUAUUUGAUACAACACUAGAAAAUCAAAAAGAUGACACUGCAAGUGACUUAGAAGAAAGUUUUAACGAUAUUGCAAUAAAAACAGAAGAAGUAAGUUUCGUCGAAGAAACGGAAACAAAUGUUUCUGAGGAUAAAGUCGUAAUGAAAGAAUCACCUAAAGAAAUAAAAAAAGAAAACGCAAGUAUAAUUCCUGCCAAAAAACCGAAAACAAAAAUUCUAAAACCGAAAAUUAGGGCACCGACUUUUGACGAAGUAUACUCUACUUUGCAUGAAUACAACAUACCUAAGGUAAGAAACUUAACACCAUUUUAUUCGGAUCCUAGAGAUGUAGGUGAUAAAGUAGAAAUCGGACAAUUAGUGUUAAAAGUUGGCAGUAAGCUUGCAAGGGAUCAAAAACCGUACGAGAGAGUUCUAAAUCGGACCACUAUAGAAGAAUGGCGACAACUGUUGUUCAUGCAAUCGCAUCAGUCCAUGUCUCAAGAAGCCAUAAAACCAGAUGAUUUAAGAAUAUUUCUAGCAGGUAACAGAAAAUGUGUGUUUCGACCGAUUAUGAAAGCCCCCACAAGAAAAGAAGUAGAAGAAUGGAUAAAAAACAAAAAUGCCAACAGCAAAAAAGAAGAAAUAAUAGAGAAUAGUAUUGAUGCGAGCAAGCAAAAUGAUGAAUUAGAUAAUUCUCAGGCAUUAGGUCUGAAUGAAAUUGAUAACAGUAUAAAUAUGGAUAACGACGAAAAGGAUAAAACUACGAAUUUGAAUAAUAGUCUACAGAUCACAAUGCAGCCAGAUGGUUCAUUUCUAUGCUUCGGAAACAGUGAGAAUCAAUUUCAAGCCGGCUCGAGCGAAAGUCCAACAGUAGAUGUAAAUUUUCUCACAGUUAUGUUGGUGGAGGUUCAUACAUCUGUCAGAGGAAAUUUAAAUCCCGAUCCAGCGAUCGAUCCUAUUUGUGCAAUAUUUUUAACUAUAACUAACGACAGUCCGCCCGGUCAUCGCUUGGCACAAAGCAUUACAAAAAUUAUAGUGGUUGAAAAAGUUACUGCAGCCACGAAACAUUUGGAGAGAUGUGUUUUUAACGUUGAUAUAUCAACGUUAACGUAUGUCGACAAUGAAACUGUUCUGAUAGAAAAAAUAAUCGAAUUAGUGAUACAGCAUGAUCCUGACAUAUUGUGUGGCUAUGAAACUGAAACAAGUUCCUGGGGAUAUGUUUUGGAAAGAGCACAAGUUCUAGGUCUAGAAAUUGUUAAAGAGGUGUCUAGAAUAACCGAAAAACAUCGACAAAAGCGUUGGAGAGGGGACGAAAAUGAUUUCGAAGGGAAAAUUAUCGGGAGAAUCAUGUUAAAUGUGUGGCGAUUGUUUCGGCACGAGAUGGCACUGUCCAGUUACAGUUUUGAGAACUGUAUGUACCAAGUUUUGAAGGAGAGAGUUCCUACAUACAGUCAUGCGCAGUUGUGGACGUGGUGGAGCGAAGAGUCUAGGAUAUUACGAUGGAUACCGGUAGAGUAUUACUUGACAAGGCUAUCUGGAACUGUGAGAAUGUUGGAUAAACUUGAUAUCAUAAAUAGGACAUCAGAACUGGCACGGUUAUUUGGGCUGCAGUGGUGGGAGGUCCUGUCUAGGGGUUCUCAGUUUCGUGUCGAGUCUCUUAUGCUGCGAGCUGCGAAGCCACUUAAUUUAGUAGCACUAUCACCCACCGUCAAGCAGAGGGCAGCUAUGAGAGCUCCAGAAUGUUUGCCACUUAUUUUUGAACCAGAAUCUCGUUUCUACACUGAUCCUGUUAUCGUGUUAGACUUCCAAAGCCUGUAUCCAUCCAUGAUGAUUGCUUACAACUACUGCUUUUCGACAUGUAUUGGUCGUGUACAGAAUAUCAAUGGCGAAACAUCAUACGAAUUUGGGGCAUGGCGUUUAAAAAUACCAAAAUCAGAACUCGAAACAUUAGUAAAACAUGGUCUGGUCCACUGGUCACCGGUCGGAGUAGGAUUUGUUAAGGCAUCCGUACGCCGCGGUGUACUACCAGCGCUGUUGCGCAGGAUCUUGGCUGCAAGGCAGGCAGUCAAGAAAAAUAUGAAAGUGCAAACUGAUGAGGCAGUGAAGAAAGCAAUGCAUUCCAGGCAAUUAGGGUUAAAAUUAAUUGCAAACGUAACGUACGGAUAUACGGCAGCAAACUUCAGCGGUCGAAUGCCAUGCAUUGAGGUCGGAGACAGCGUUGUCGCUAAAGGACGAGAAACUUUGGAGCGAGCCAUUAAGAUGGUGCGAGAAAGCAAACAGUGGAACGCAAAGGUUAUUUACGGCGAUACGGAUUCUAUGUUCGUCCUUGUACCGGGAGGCACUCGUAAAGAAGCAUUUGAAAUUGGCCAACAAAUUGCUGACGCUGUCACUGCUGAUAAUCCGUCUCCAGUCGCACUCAAACUUGAAAAGGUAUACCAGCCAUGUAUUCUACAAACGAAAAAACGUUAUGUUGGCUAUAUGUACGAGAGUGCCGAUCAAGAGAAGCCAGUUUAUGAAGCUAAAGGUAUCGAAACUGUGCGCCGUGAUGGCUGUCCAGCUGGAGUUAAAUUACUACAACGAGCUCUAUGUGAGUUAUUCGAGACUUGUGACUUGUCUCGCGUCAAACGUUCAGUGAAGUCGACGUUAUCUCGUCUCGCCGAUGGUACUCUCCCACUGCACGAGUUGUUCUUUACGAGAGAGUAUCACGGACCUAAUGGGUAUCGUCCUGGUGCGUCUGCGCCGCCUAACGAGAUAGCUAAACGUUUAGCAUCCCAGGACAGACGCGCGGUUCCUCGUAAUGGCUGGCGCGUCAGCUGGCUGGUGACGGCGGGUGCGCCUGGCGCCGCGCUCGUGCGCCUCGCGCGGACUCCCGCGGAACUACUGCGGGACCCCGCCCUCCAGCCACACAAGACUUACUACGCUGCUAGAGUACUUCUGCCACCGUUACAUCGCUGUCUUUCAUUGCUUGGGGUCGAUGUAUUUAAGUGGUGGAAUGAGAUAGGCUACACCCGCGAGGCCGACCCUGGCACAGGCUGCGGCGCGCCUCCGCACGGCAUCGCGCGCUACAUGUGGCGCUCGCGCUGCGCCUCGUGCGGCGCCCGCAGCGCGCGCGACUCCCUCUGCGGCCACUGCGCCGGGGGGCCGCGCGCGCAGCGGGCCGCCGCCACGCUGCUGGCCAGGCUCAGCACUGCGCUUAAAGAUGUCAGCUAUUGUGACAACAUUUGUAAAUCAUGCUGCGGCCAUAAUCGAACUCUGGAAUGCGAGAACACCGAAUGCCCAGUAAUAUGGCGACGCACCACUGCACAGCACAAACUUACUCAAAUCCGUGACGUCAUCAGCCAUUUACCAUCUAAUUUCACACAGGAGUGCUUAGACUUUUGAAUCUUAUUUAUACAAAAUAAUUUAAAUAAUGUUUAAUUAAUUUAAAAUACUUUCACACAUAUUAUUGUAUUUUUUGUAAAUAAAUCGGUAAUCUCAAAGCAAAAUGUAAUGUCUGCAUAAUUGAAAAGCCUGCAUUAUUAACUAAAAUUUAAACCAACUCCAAAAGCAAUCAGCACUUGAAAGGCGAAAAUAAACUAAAUGACAAUUACCUUAUAACCAUAAGUACCAGGUAGGUAUUGAACUCUGAAGUCGACGCAAAGCCUAAUUUUCAUAGUUAAUUUAUAUGUUGAUUGAAGUAUGUUGGACUUUAAGAGCUUCACACAAUUUCAUUUCCAUUACCUUUACUAAUAAGUUCCUAAACAAAAUGGAUUACAGCUGAGUUUUUUUCGGCUAAUUUUAAGUUGAUUCCUUUUUUUAAUGUUAAUUGCACAGGUUGGGAUUACCUUUUAUAAAUUAUGAGCAGGCAAAUGGCCUGAAAAAGACUCAACUAAGGUCAAUAUUAAGCGAAUACCUUUGAAGGUAAUUCGCCGCUCAAAUUAAACAAUAAUGGUCAUAAAUAAAAGCUACUGGACCUGAAUAAAAUUUUCCCGGAAGUAAUAAUAUCACCUAUAUAUUGUUAAAGUUGUAAAUUAUAAGGCUUACCCUUAUAAUUUAUUUAUUAUUUGAU